GGCGACAGGUUUGGUAAAAUAACAGAUUUCUAAGAAACAAACGUCUAACUAAUCUUGAGAAAUAAGCAGUGUAAUUUUCUUUAUUCAGCGCGUAUAGUUUGGUGGAGUGGGACAGUUGUCAUUCUACCGUUCGAUGUCGAUUGACAAUUUAUUCUAGAUAUAUUUUGUUCAUUGUUAUGUUUGUUAUUUUGGUUGUAACAUUAGCUUGCUAGGCUAGCAGCUUGCUAGCUAUAUAUCAAUAUAGUGACAAAUACAGCCUGCUUUAAAGGUAGUAAAACAAUGUUUCGGGAAAAAACUUCGGACUCGAUGUACAUUUUCGGUUCAUUCAUUUGACAAUCUCGAACAGUGGGGCGCAAGCGGUGUCGUGUCUGAACUUGUUGACAUUCUUUUGUUUACAAUGGCUGUCUACAGACUUUCCAGCUGACAUGGCGUAAUAUGUUAUGGGAAGUUAAUAAGACUGAACAAGUUGAGGAAAACAAGAUGGAUGCAAAUAGAAUGGAAGACUCUUUUGAUCUUCUGAAAUGCAAUGAGGCUCUGUCCUCAUCACCUGGCUGCCCCCCUACUCCCAUGGAGUAUGAUGACCUGCCAGAGCUGCAGGAGGUAGAGGAGAACCAGUCCUCUCUGGUGCUGUUCCAUGUGGGAACUGGGGUGUCACAUCAGGACUGUAUAGCUGGUUACCCUCACACCAAUUGGCUGACUGAGCUAGCUAACAUCGCCACCAGCCCUCAGAGCCCCCUACUGCAGGAGCCUCCUCCCAUCAAGAGGUCGUCUCCUAUGCACAUCUUUGCCACCAGUCGUAGUUUACAUUCUUACGCCCGACCUCCCCUGGCUAGCAGUGCACCCAGCCCCUCUAGGGGUCACCUUAGGGAGCGCAGCAGACGUGUCAGAGCCAGCAGUGAGUCAGAGUCUGGUGUGUUCUCUAUGUCAUCAUUCUCUGAUGAUGAGGACAUGGGUUGGUCUAACUCCUGGCCCUUAACUGCCUGGCACUGUUUCCUGAAAGGCACCCGGUUGCGGUUCCACAGGGGUUCUAACAAGGAGUGGCAAGAGGCUGAGGACCUGGGAGACUCUGAUGACGAGUCAGAUGAUGAUGAGAGAAUAAUGCCGUCCACUGCCCGAAAGAGCUACGGUUCGGAAGGUCUGAAGCUAGUGGCCCACGAGGAGAACGUGUCGUACGGCCAGGCUGUCCUCAAACUCACCUUUGACCCCGGCUCGCCAGAAGAUGGCCUCUUAACGGCGGAGUGCAGAUUUGAUCACCCCUUUUUUGUGAAAAACAAAGGCUGGUCCUCGUUCUAUCCCAGCCUGACGGUGGUGCAGCACGGUAUCCCCUGCUAUGAGAUGCAGGUGGGGGACCUAUGUCUUCCUCCAGGCCACAGAGACUCCAUAAACUGUGACGACUCUGUUGUCUUCGACACCUUCAGGAGUUAUGACUUCACCCCUCUGGACUCUUCAGCUGUCUAUGUGCUGAGCAGCAUGGCCAGGCAGCGUAGGACCUCCCAGUCCAGCAGUGGCGCUGUCUCCCCUGACCCAGAGAAACUCUCCAGUUCCUUCCACCCCUCCUCCACCAGCAAAUCAAACAGGAGCAAUACCUCAGGGACAGCCCCUGGCGGGGCCACACCCACCAAAUGCAAGCGGCCAAUGAACGCCUUCAUGCUCUUCGCUAAGAAGUACAGGUUGGAGUACACACAGAUGUACCCUGGGAAGGAUAACAGAGCCAUCAGUGUAAUCCUGGGUGAUAAGUGGAAGAAGAUGAAGAACGAGGAAAGGAGGAUGUACACCAUGGAGGCCAAGGCUCUGGCUGACGAGCAGAAGAGACUCAACCCUGACUGCUGGAAACGCAAGAGAACCAACUCAGGGUCCCAGCACCAAUAGAUGGCCUGGUGAACAGACCGACCAGGUGAACAGACCGACCAGGCGACCCCACUAGCCUCUCUAGCCUGGUCCCAGAUCUGUUUGUGCUGUAUAGCCAACUAUGGUCGUUGGACCAUAAGACAGCACAAACAGACCUGGAACCAGGCUACUCUCUCUCUCUGCUCACCUGUCAAAUUGAUGAGACAUAACUGUGAUGCUGAAUACACUUGCUUUUAUAACUAAGAGACCUUAUAGAUAGGCCUACAAGAUAAAACAACAACUAUGAACUAUAUAUUAAAAAGCAGGUCAUAAAGUGUAACUAACCGUGCUUAUAUUUUCUUACAUUUUAAAAUGACAAAAGAUGCCUUGUUAUUCCUCUAUAAAAAAAGGAAAGGCUCAGUUUUAUUUCUUCAGGUAAUUUCAUAUUUCGAGGCAUGAAACCUUGAGAUCAGGGUUGCAAAAUUCUGGUAACUUUCCAAAGAUUCCCCAGGUUUUCCAGAAAUUCAGGUUGAAAGAUUCCCAGAAUCAGGAGGGUAUAAGCAAGAAAUCCAGAAUCCUCCAACCAGGAAUUCUGGAAAACUUGAGAAUUUUGGUAGAAAUACUGGAAAUUGAGAAUCCUACUUGAGACCCAGUGGUGCUAAGUUCGGUUAAGGAAGGAGGAGCAGUGAUACAAAAGUUAUAUUUUUAAUUGUAAAAUAAAUAAGGGGGAUUUUAAAUAGCUUUGGUAACACUUUAUUUUAAGGGUCCAUAAUAAAGCAUUUAUAAGGCAUUUACAAACCGCUUGCUCAUCAUUUAUUAAUCAUGCAGGAAUGUCUACCAAUGGCAUGUCCAUCUUUUUGUGAGAAAUUACACUGGUCACUCAAAAUAUUUAUAAAAUAUUAAUAAAGUAUAAAUAGUGCUCACUGGACUGCAAAAAUACUUUACUAAUUAUUAGUAAAUGGUUUACAAAUGUGGGCGUAAUGAUUAAUAAAUGGUGACCACACAAUUUAUAACUGCCUUAUUAAAUGGUUUAAUACGGAACCUUAAAAUUGUGUUUUUUCUCUUCUCAGCUGUAGUUCAUAUUGACUUAUAUUUGUACAACUCAAUAUAUUGCACAGAUUGAUAAAGCCUUUCAUGCAUUGUGUCAUACAGUACAUGACCAAAAGUA